GGCAGAGAGGCAGUAAACUUCAGGAGAGGUCUCUCUCCUGUUGCAACAGGACCCAAGGAGGCACCACACCAUGGAAGUCACUACCAAGAGGCACUUCCUGAGUUUUGCUGUUUUCCUGAUGCACUGCAUGGCCCGCGAGGCAAACUCUGAGAAAGGCAACACUUCCCCUCUGCAUUUCACCUACUUCUUCUAUAAUGCCACUAUCUAUGAAAAUUCGGCUCCCAAGACCUAUGUGGAGAGCUAUGUCAAAAUGGGUAUUUACAAGACAGAUCCUGAGUGGGACAUCAGAUAUAGAAUAGCAUCUGGGGACAACUCUGGUCUCUUUAAAACUGAGGAACAUGUGAUCGGGGAUUUCUGCUUCUUGAGAAUAAGAACCAGAAGCAGCAACACAGCACUUUUAAACCGGGAAGUCAAAGAUAAUUACAUGUUAAUAAUCAAGGCCACAGAGAGUAACUUUGCAUAUGAAGCUUGGGCCAAAGUCUUGAUCCACAUUCUGGACAGAAAUGACUUAAAACCUCUCUUUUCACCCCCUUCCUACAAAGUGUCCAUCAGAGAAGACACUCCUAUGAAAACAGUGAUUGGCACACUCAGUGCCACGGAUGCUGAUGCUGGCCAGAAUGCAGAGUUCUACUAUGCAUUCACCACCAAGACCGACUUGUUCACUGUCCACCCCACCACAGGAGUGGUUAUGACCACAGGUAGGCUGAACAGCACCCAUCGAGGUAGGCAUCACCUGCAAGUUUUGGCUGUGGACAGAAUGAGAAAGAUCACAGAGGGUAAUGGCUUUGGGAACCUGGCUAGUCUCACGAUCCAAGUGGAGCCAUCUGCCAGGAAGCCUCCCUAUAUCUCCUCAGUGAAGGUGACACCACCUGACUUAGCUGAAGAUCUUCGCUAUGUAACACUGCUUGUAGAAAGUGGUGACUCCAACACAGGGAUAGAUUCAGUGGAGUUAGUGGACGGAGAUGUGGGAAGGCAUUUCAAAGCUAUCAGAUCUUACUUUGGGAGCAAUGAGUUCAUGAUUAUUUCAACCAAAGAUGUCAACUGGCUACUUUAUCCUUUUGGCUUCAAUCUCAGCGUUCAAGCCAAGGACAAGAGCAAACCACCACUUUUCUCCCCUGUUAGAGUUAUCCAUAUACCUCCUUCCAAGUAUGUCUCUGCCAGAUUUGAGAAAGAAGUGUACCGGGUCCAGCUCAGUGAAUUUUCCCCACCUGGAAGCCAAGUUGCUAUGGUAAAGAUUACACCAGUCUUCCCAAAUCUUAAAUAUAUUUUGAGACCCACUCCUGACAGCACAGGCUUUAAAAUCAAUCCUCACACUGGGCUAAUAACUACAGUCAGAGCAAUGGACUUCCACGAGCAAUCUCAGUUUGAACUUGAAGUUACAACUACUAACAGCCACACAUCUACAACUGUUGUCAUUGACCUCACUGACUGCAACAAUCAUGCUCCAAGUUUUAGUCAGUCUUCAUACCGUGGGACCUUUGAUGAAAACAUUCCUCCUGGUACCAGUGUCUUAACAGUAAGGGCUACAGAUGAAGAUGAAGGAGACAAUGGCUUUGUGACCUACACCAUAGCUAACCAGAAAUCAGUUCCCUUUGUCAUUGAUCCAUAUUCUGGCGUUAUUUCCACCUCCAAAUCAAUGGACUAUGAGCUAAUGCAGAGAUGGUAUCAUCUGCGAGUGUGGGCAUCAGAUUGGGGCUCACCCUUCCGCCAUGAAACGGAAGUGUUCGUCUCCCUCAUGCUCAGCAACAUCAAUGACAAUGCUCCCAUGUUUGAGAAAGCAGGCUGCAGUGGCACCAUCCCUCGGGACUUUCCUGUUGGGAACCCUGUGGCCACAGUAUCUGCAAUUGACAGUGACGAGCUGCAACAUAUCAAAUAUGAAAUCAAGUCUGGCAAUGAGCUACGGCAUUUUGAACUGAAUCCUGUCUCUGGAGUCAUUUCCCUCAGAAUCUCUCUCAGAGAUCUUCCUCCUGAGCAGCCACUUUUCUACUCUUUGAAAAUAACUGCAACAGAUGGAGAGAACUAUGCCUUGCCAAUAUCAGUAAAUAUCUCUGUGGUCAACCAAGGUCUCCCAGUCAAAAUGCAGUGUGAGGAAACAGGAGUAUUGAAACAACUGACAGAGACUAUCAUACACUCUAUUGAGUCUCAAUCUCAAGGCCACGGACAGGAGGAUGAGACAUCUUUGAAUUUGCACCUUAUAAACCAUAAUGCUCCAAAGUUUGAUGAUAGCUUUCCACGAUCUAUUGAUAUCAUAGAGACUGUUUCCAUCAAUUCAACUAUUGCUGACCUCUCAGCUGUUGAUCCUGAUACUGGUUUUAAUGGGAAAUUGGUCUAUGUGAUCUCAGAUGGAAAUGACGACAGUUGCUUUACCAUUGACCUGGAAACUGGUCUCCUUCAAGUUCUUUCUCCUUUAGAUCAUGAAAAAAACAGCUUCUACAUUCUGAACAUUACUGUGUACGAUCUUGGCACUCCACAAAAAUCAUCUUGGAAGCUCCUGGCUGUGAAUGUGCUGGAUAUCAAUGAUAACACUCCUAAGUUCUCACAAGUUGCCUACUGGGUGAUGAUACCAGAACAUGUAGCAACAGGAACAACAAUAGCGCAGCUGAAAGCAGAAGAUGCUGAUACAGAUGAUAAUGGGAGAAUAAAAUAUUCUCUCCUAACCCCCACUGAUAAGUUUGUCAUUAACAGUGUCACUGGAGAAGUGACUGUUACAGGUGCUCUCGAUAGAGAACUAUGGCCUUGCUAUGUGCUGAAAGUAGAAGCUAGGGACCAACCCAGAACAGGCUACCAGCUGUUCUCAGUUACGGAUCUCUUUGUAGCUCUAGAGGAUGUAAAUGACAACACCCCGCGCUGCAUCCCAGCCCUGAACAGUGUGAAGGUCCCAGAGGACCUGCCUGUGGGAACCGUUCUCCUGUUUCUGGAGGCUUUUGACCCAGACAUUGGCUCUGGGGGAGAAGUGAGAUACAGCCUCAUUAAUGAUGAAGAGAUGAUGUUCCAUGUGGAUAAGCUAACAGGGGCACUCCGUUUGGAGAAGGAACUGGACUAUGAGAAGAAGGACUCUUACAAUCUAACUGUGCAGGUCAGUGACUUGCACCCACCACGCUUUGCCUCCUUUGUCUUCAAAGGCUCAGUGCAGGAGAACAGCCCUGAGGGCACAUCAGUGAUGCUGGUCACAGCAAAGGAUAUUGAUGAGGGGAAAGAUGGAGAGGUUCAAUAUUUCCUCAGAGAAGGCACUGGCCUGUCACUCUUCAGCAUUGAAAAGGAUACAGGUACAAUCCGAACCAUAGGACCACUUGAUCGAGAAGGAACAUCUCACUACUGGCUGACAGUGCUGGCUCUUGACCUCGGAACAAUCCCUCUGUCUGCUGUGACAGAAAUUUAUAUUGAAGUCACUGAUACCAAUGACAACCCACCUCAGAUGUCCAGACCUGUCUUUUAUGCCUCUGUGAUGGAGAACUCCCCACCAAACACAUCUGUCCUUCAGCUUGAUGCCCUGGACCCAGACUCUAGCUCAGAGGGAAAGCUGACUUUUCACAUCCUAAAUGGAAAUCCUCAGGAACUCUUCACCAUUAACCUAUUUACAGGUCUGAUUUCUACAACUUCACGGCAGCUGGAUCGAGAAUACAAGGCUGAACAUAUCCUAGAGGUGGCUGUUUCAGACAACGGAGAUCCAACCCUGAAGUCCACCAGCAGAAUCGUCAUACAAGUCCUCGAUGCUAACGACAGUCCUCCCAGUUUUCCCCACAAACUCUUCAUGGUGCAGCUCCCCGAGAGAGAGGCCUCAGAGACGCCGCUACCCGUCUACAGGCUGAUUGCAUCCGACCGUGACCAGGGCCAGAACAGCCAGAUCACCUACACCAUCGAGGAGGAGGAGGAAGGGAUAUUCACCAUCAACCCCACAACAGGCAUGGUGUUCUCCAGGAAGGCUUUUCCUGCCUCUGAAUACAACAUACUCACGGUCAAGGCAACAGAUGGAGGGAGCCCACCACUUUCCUCCCACGUGCGACUCCACAUCAGCUGGGUUGCCCGCCCGGGCCCUUCCUCAGAGCCUCUGGCUUUUGAUGAGCCCCAUUUUAACUUUGCUGUCAUGGAAACAGAUCCUGUGAACCACAUGGUGGGAGUGAUCAGCAUUGAAAUGGGCCCCAGCCAAGUGUGGUUUAAUAUCACAGGUGGUGAUGAUGACAUGGAUUUUGAUAUUGAAAAGAGUACAGGCAGCAUGGUCAUUGCAAGAGCCCUUGAUGCCAGAAAGAAGUCAAGCUAUAAUCUGACAGUAGAAGUCACUGAUGGGUCCACUACCAUCAAAACCCAGGUAAUGCUUUUCACUGUAGCCUUUAUCCAUGUGAUUGACAUCAACCAGCACCGUCCCCAGUUCCUGGAAAGCCAUUACGAGGUGACAGUUCCUGAAGAUACACCCUCUGGGAGAGAAAUCCUUCGAGUCAGCGCAACAGACAAGGACAAAGGGAAAGGGCUCAUAUACACCAUCCAUGGCAGCAUGGACCCCAAAAGCACAAGACUUUUCCAGUUGGAUCCAAGCAGUGGAGUCCUCACAACAGCAGAAGGGUUUAGUUCCCAGCCCAUGCCACAGCACACGUUAACAGUGAUGGUACGGGACCAGGAGGUCCCCAUCAAGAGGAACUUUGCUCGGAUUGUCAUCCAUGUGGAGAACAGCAACCUUCACCCUCCACAGUUCAGCAGCAUCCAUUAUGAAGCAGAAGUGCUGGACUCUGCAGUAUUGGGCACUGAGGUUAUACAAGUCAGAGCCCUUGAUCCAGACCAAGGAGCCAAUGCUGAAAUUCACUAUUCUCUACAGGCAGGUAAUGGGGAAGAUUUCUUCAGUAUCGAUCCACAUUCCGGAAUUAUUACAGUCGCCCAGAAACUGGACCCAUCCAAGCAAGACCGCUUUACUCUUAUUGUAAAGGCAGAAGAUCAAGGGUUCCCGCAGCUUAAAGAUUCUGCUACCAUUCACGUCCACAUUAGACCCUCUGACAGGACUCCUCCAAAAUUUCCAGAGGCUGAAUACAUCGCAGAGAUCAGCGAGUCCACUGCUGUUGGUUCUCCUCUGAUCCAAGUUUCAGCUGCAAGCUUGUCACCAGUCAGCUAUGAAAUAAGAGAUGGAAAUGAAGAUGGAGUGUUUUCCAUGAACUAUCAGUCAGGCCUGAUUUCCACUCAGAAGAGCUUGGAUUUUGAGCAAGUUUCUUUUUACCAACUGAAAGUCCGUUGCACCAACAUGGCUGGGGCCUUUAUGGACACAACGGUACUUAUCUAUGUCAUAGAUGAGAAUGACAAUGUGCCCAUCUUCAUUAAGCCUUCCUUUGUUGGCUGGAUCAUGGAGAAUGCUCCCUCACAAAGCAUGGUUCUAGAUGAGAGCAAUGCUCCACUGGUGACCUACGCAACAGACGCUGAUCAAGACUCCAACGCUCUGCUGGUCUAUGAAAUUUUGGAACCAGAGGCACUGAAGUAUUUUACAGUAGAUCCCAGCACAGGGACACUUACCAGUCGUGCUGAAAUAGACUAUGAGCUCACCCCAGUCUUCAAAUUCACUGUACAUGCCCACGACAGUGGAAAUCCCAGCUUAUUUGCAUCCAAGCCAGCCAAGGUCACAAUCCAUGUUAAAGAUGUGAAUGAUUCACCUCCAGUGUUUUUCAAAGACAUUUAUGAACUUUCUGUCUUGUUACCUGCCCACUCAGGGAUGGAGCUGUUGUCAGUGCAAGCAAAAGAUGCAGAUUCAGAUGUGACCUAUAGCAUUGUGGAAGGGAACCUUGAUAAUGCGUUCUAUAUCCACCCACUCACAGGUCUCAUCUCCAUUCUUAAUUCUACUGGCCUGGGAAGCUAUCGUGAACUUACAGUUAGAGCCGGGGAUGGCUUAUACAAAAGCACUGCACAAGUUAAGCUAAAUUUAACUCGUGCACAAGGUACUGGCUUAAAAUUCAGUCAAGAUGUGUAUACAGCAACUGUGAUAGAGAACUCUACAGAUCAGAAGACGCUCGCUGUUCUCGGGGUAAAGGGAUAUCAGCUAAAUGAACCACUCUUCUACUCACUUUUGAAUGGGAAGGAAAGAUUCAAAAUGAUCCAGGCAUCUGGAGUACUCCAGACAAAGGGCGUGAAAUUUGACCGUGAAAAACAAGACAUGCAUGAGGUAGCUGUGGAAGUGAAGGACGCUAGGAAACCACCAAGAGUGUCCCAAACCACAGUCAAAGUUUUUGUAGAGGAUGUCAAUGACAAUGCACCUCACUUUGAGAAUGUGCCAUACUAUGCCUCAGUGCAGGAUGGUACAGAGCCGGGUGAUGUACUUUUUCAGGUGUCAGCAACAGACAAAGACAUAGGGGAUAAUGGAGCCAUUACCUACUCAUUUGCAGAGGACUACAAGUAUUUCUGGAUUGACCCCUAUCUAGGAGACAUCUCACUUAAGAAACCUCUUGAUUAUCAGGCUUUAAAUAAGUACAACCUUCGAGUCAUUGCUAAGGACAGAGGUGAGCCUCCUCUCCAAGCUGAAGAAGAGGUUGUGAUCAGUGUAAGGAACAAAUCCAAUCCUCUGUUCCAAAGUUUUUACUACCGAGUGAGGGUGCCAGAAAAUAUCCCCCUGUAUACAUCUAUCCUCCACAUACAAGCCCGCAGCCCUGAAGGUUUACGUCUCAUCUACAACAUCAUGGAAGAAGAUGCCCUGAAACUGUUCAGCGCUGACUUCAAAACUGGUGUCCUUACUGUCACAGGCCAACUGGACUAUGAACUAGAAACGAAACAUACGUUCACUGUUAGAGCCACAGACACAGCACUAGGAUCCUUUUCUGAAGCCAUAGUAGAGGUGGAGGUAGAGGACAUUAAUGACAACCCCCCCAUAUUUUCUCAGAUGAUCUACACAGCAUCAGUCUCAGAAAGUUUGCCUGCACAGACCCCUGUUGUCCAAAUUUCUGCUUCUGACAAAGAUUCAGGAAGAAACAAAAUGAUCUCCUAUCAGAUCUUGGAUGAUGGUUCAGAUAGUGCAAAGUUCUUUAAUAUUGAUGCCAGCACAGGACAAAUAACAACAGCCCAAGCACUUGAUUAUGAGAGAAACCAACAGUUUCGCCUCAAAGUAAGAGCUGUAGAUCAUGGGAUACCUCCCCUUAGCAGUGAUGCCCUGGUAAUUACAGAUGUGACAGACAUCAAUGACAAUCCCCCCGAGUUCAGCCAGCUGCAGUACGAAGCCAAGGUAAGCGAAAUGGCAACGUGUGGACACAUCGUGGUAAAAGUCCAGGCCCUGGACCCUGACAGCGGAGACACCACCCGCCUGGAAUAUGUGAUACUCUCCGGUAAUGACAACAGGCAUUUCACCAUCAACAGCACUUCUGGAAUAAUCUCUAUGUUCAACCGCUGCAGAAAAGACAUGGAGUCAUCCUACAACCUCAGAGUUUCUGCCUCAGAUGGAGUUUUCAAGAGCACUGUGCCUGUUUACAUCAAUACCACAAAUGCCAACAAAUACAGCCCAUCUUUUCAGCAGAACAUGUACGAGGCAGAACUGGCAGAAAAUGCCGAGAUAGGCACCAAAGUGAUUGAGCUGCUAGCUAUUGAUCCAGACGGUGGUCCAUAUGGCACCAUAGAUUACACUAUCAUAAAUAAACUUGCACAGGAGAAGUUCUCCAUAGAUAAUAAAGGCCAUAUAACCACACUGCAAAAACUGGACAGGGAAAACUCUACGGAAAGAGUUGUUGCCAUUAAAGUCAUGGCCAAGGAUGGUGGCGGGAAGGUGGCAUUCUGUACUGUCAAAAUCAUCCUUACAGAUGAGAAUGACAAUCCCCCUCAGUUUAAAGCCUCUGAAUACACUCUGUCCAUCCAGUCCAAUGUGAGCAAAGGCUCCCCUGUCAUUCAGGUACUGGCUUAUGAUGCUGAUGAAGGUGCAAAUGCAGAUGUGAUUUACUCUGUUGACUCUGUGGAAGAUGUGUCAGAAGACCUUGUUGAGAUCAAUGCUGCGACUGGGGUUGUUAAGGUCAAGGAGAGCCUUAUUGGUUUAGAAAACAGAGCCUUUAACUUCAAGGUGAAAGCUGAGGAUGGCAGACCCCCUCACUGGAACUCCCUUGUCCCAGUGAAUCUUCAGAUUGUUCCCCGGGAGGUGACAUUGCCAAGGUUUUCUGAGCCCCUUUAUACAUUCUCAGCAUCCGAGGACCUUCCGGAAGGAUCAGAAAUAGGGUCAGUCAAAGCUUUUGCAGAGGAUCCCAUUAUAUACAGUCUGGUAAAGGGAACCACUACAGAAAGUAACAAGGAUGAGGUGUUCACACUGGAUGAGAAAACAGGGGCUCUGAAAAUCAAAAAGACUGUGGAUCAUGAAACCACCAAGUGGUACCAGAUUGAUGUUAUGGCUCACUGCUCACAUCAAGAGACUGAGCUUGUCUCACUGGUCUCUGUGAACAUCCAAGUGCAGGAUGUCAAUGACAACAGACCUGUUUUUGAGGCAGAUCCAUAUAAAGCUUUUGUCAUGGAGAACAUGCCAUCAGGAACCACUGUCAUUCAAGUGACAGCUAAUGACCAGGACACAGGAAACGAUGGACAGGUAACCUACAGUUUGGAAGCAGAAUUGGGAAACCUCCGAGGACUCUUCACCAUUGAUGGUGAGAGCGGGUGGAUCACCACGCUGAAAGAGCUGGACUGUGAAGCUCAGGAGAUCUAUCGCUUUUAUGUGGUGGCCACUGACCAUGGCAGGAAAGUCCAGCUCUCUUCCCAAACCCUGGUGGAGGUCACUGUCUCUGAUGAAAACGAUAAUGCUCCACAGUUCACCUCAGACUUCUAUAAAGGGUCGGUAAUUGAGAAUGCAGAGCCAGGGCAAGCUGUUGUCACACUGAGCACCAUCGACGCAGAUAUUUCAGAGCAGAACAGACGCGUCACAUGCUACAUAACUGAAGGAGAUGUACUAGGACAAUUCACAGUUGACCAAAUUGAAGGAGAGUGGACAAUUUCUUCUAAGAAGCCUCUGGACAGAGAAGAUACAGAGAAAUAUCUCCUCAAGGUUAUGGCUUCUGAUGGAAAAUUUCAGGCUACCACUGAAGUGGAGAUUUUCGUUCUGGAUAUCAAUGACAACAGCCCUGAAUGUGGUCAGAUAUUCUACACUGGGAGAGUCUCUGAAGAUGCCCCCCCAGAUCUUUUCAUUCUGAAGAUAUCAGCAACUGACCCUGAUGUUGGCAGCAACGCCCAGAUAACCUACAGCCUGCACGGCCCCGGAGCAGAGGAGUUCCGGCUGGGGCCACAUACAGGGGAGCUGACCACUUCGGCACCUCUCGAUCGGGAGCAGAAACCUCUGUACCAUCUUGUUGCCAAAGCAACAGAUGGUGGAGGCCGUUCCUGCCAGGCAGACGUUACACUUAUCAUAGAGGACACGAAUGACAACUCACCAAGAUUCUCCCCCAGUCACUGCGCUGUGGCUGUUUUUGACAACACCACAACAAAGACACCCAUAGCUGUGGUUGCUGCCAGGGACCUUGAUGAAGGUCUCAAUGCUGAGGUUGUCUAUUCUCUCUCCGAUUCUGCCAACGGACACUUUUCAAUUGAGGAAACAACAGGGGUGAUUCGUCUGGAGAAGCCUCUAAAGGACACCCAGCACUCCGUGUUUGAGCUGACUGUCCGUGCUACAGACCGAGGCACCCCAGAGCCCCUCUCUGCUUUUGGCACUGUUACUGUCUCUGUGGUGGAUCUAAACGAGUAUCUGCCUGUUUUCCUGGCCCCUGAGUAUGUGGCCAUGGUAAAAGAAGAUGUUGCUGUGGGCACGGAAGUUCUCAACUUGUCAACAUUGACGAGGGAUAACACAGAAAACACAGAGAUUAAGUAUGAAAUUGUGAAUGGCAAUGACCAUGGGAAAUUUCAACUCAACUCAAACACAGGUGCCUUAUACAUAAAUGGAAGCUUGGACUUCGAAGCCAGUCAUGAGUAUUAUCUAUCCAUUGAGGGGACAAGGAAGGGAUCAGCUUCUCUGAGUGAUGUCACCAUGGUGGUAAUCAACAUCACUGACAUCAAUGACCACGCGCCGGAAUUCAUCCAAGACCCUUACUUUGCUGAUAUCCGGGAGGAUGCUGCAAUUGGAGAAGUCAUCCUCACGGUGUCAGCUGAUGACCUGGACGGAGCAAUGAACAAUCAGAUUGCAUAUUCAAUUGUGGGAGGGAAUCCAAUGGGACACUUUGCCAUUCAACCGAAAAGUGGGCAGAUCAGCGUUGCCAAGCACCUGGACAGGGAGGAGAUUCCCAGCUAUUCCUUGACAGUUCAAGCCACAGACAAUGGUCACCCUGCUCAGUUCAGCAAUGUUGAUGUGCACGUCCAAGUGUCUGAUGUCAAUGACAACCCUCCCCGCUUCUUCCAGCUCAACUACAGUGUGGUGGUACAGGAGAACGCCCCAGUCGGUACAAGUGUCCUGGAGCUGAUUAUGAGCGACAGAGACUCCCCAGAAAAUGGACCACCGUAUUCAUUCCAGAUCACCCAGGGCAAUGAUGGGAAGGCCUUUGAUGUCACCCCAAAUGGUCUGCUGGUGACAUCCUCCGUCCUAAACCGAAGAAUGAAAGAACAGUAUCUAUUACAAGUCCAGGUAUCUGAUAGCGGCAUCCCUCCCCUGUCAUCAUCUGCAUUUAUAAACAUCCAAGUGACCGAGCAGAGCCAGUAUGCUCCCUCAGCCCUUCCCCUGGAGAUAUUCAUCACUACCAACGAGAGGGCCUUCCGAGGAGGUGUUCUGGGCAAGAUCCACGCCACGGACCGGGAUCCCCACGACACGCUGGUCUAUACUUUGGUGGCUGAAGUGCCUCAGGAGGGGCUCUUUUCUGUUGGAGCAGCAGAUGGAAAGAUCAUUGCUGGGGACAAGCUUCCCCAUGGCCACUAUCUUCUGAACGUGACAGUCAGCGAUGGUACAUUCACAGCCACCACCAGUGUCAAUGUGCACGUGUGGUGCUUCACGCAGGAGGCACUGGACAAGGCUGUAGUGCUACAUUUCCGCCACCUUUCUCCUGAGGAAUUUGUGGGGGACCAUUGGCGCAACCUGCAAAGGUUCCUGGGAAACGUCCUUGUCACCCGGCGCCAAAACAUCCACAUGGCCAGCUUGCAGCCUGCAGCUGCCUCGGAUGGAGUGGACCUGCUCUUGGCUGUUGGAGAGCCUCAUGGCUCGCUGUAUGAGCCCCGGGUCCUUGCAAAUAAGAUCACUGUGUCAGCUGGAGAGAUGGAUCAGCUCGUUGGGCUCCGAAUGAAGAAGGCAAUUCAUGUGCCAUGUCACGGGGCAGACUGCGCCCACCGUGUCUGCAAGGAAACUAUUCAGAUGGACCCAGGCAUGAUGUCGACUUACAGCACUGCCCGACUCAGCGUCCUCACCCCACGGCACAGCUUGGAGCAAAUCUGUUCUUGCAAUGGAACAGCUGUGAGGUUUGGAGGCCACAGCCACAUCUGGUACCACCACUCCCAGCCCGGGUCCUGGCACAUGCACUUCCGCCUGAAAACCCACCAGCUGCAUGCGGUUGUGUUCUACGCUAACGGGACUGACCACACCACCUUGGAGAUAGUGAAAGGAGUGCCUCACCUUGGGUACAGCUGUCGGGGAAACUACACCAGGAACCUCUCCUCCUCACGUUUUGUGAGUGAUGGUGAGUGGCACUCAGUUUUCCUGGAAGUGAAGAACACGUCUGUCCGCCUGCUCAUCGAUGGCCUGGGAAACGCAUCUCUCCAGCUUCCAGGGACUUGCAGCAUCUCCCAGGGCAAGAGAGAUCUGCUUUUCGGGGGCCUCCGGCAGCCACUCCAGUCCCAGAGAGUCAUACGGGGGUUCAGAGGCUGCCUGGAUGUCAUUGCAAUCAAUGGCAAAGAAGUGGUUCUCCUGCCUGGAAAGGGGCAAUCAAAGGAAGUCAUGGAGGAGGUGGAAAUAAAGCAGUGUUGCUCCCCUGCUGGUGCCUGCAGCAGCAAUCCAUGCCUCAACAAUGGGAUGUGCUCCGAAAUUCAUGGAGGUGGUUACACCUGUAUCUGCCCUGGGCUAUUUUCUGGUGAGCACUGUGAGCUAGGGGACAGUCCCUGUGACUCCAAGCCCUGCCUGCAUGGUGGAACCUGCACCUUCUCUGCUACGGGCUAUUCCUGCCACUGCCCUGACUGGUACAUGGGCGAAAGGUGCGAGAAGCUGGUAGAGGAGUGCCAAGACAACCCAUGCCAAAAUGCAGGGCGCUGUGUGAGCGCCCAGGGCUCCAUCCAUUGCAUCUGUCCGACGGAUUUCCAGGGGGACUACUGCACGCAGCCCAUCAUCACCCCUGCCAUCGUGCCCACGCAGGGGGGCAUGAGCCUUGAGGAGAUUGCAGAGAUUGUGGCUGGCGUGUUGGGGGUAGCCAUCCUGGCCGUGAUUUUCGUACUCAUCCGCAAGCGCUAUCGCCAGAGGGCCAAGGCGCACAAACCUGUGGCCCGGGAGGACCCAGACCUGCUCUCCAAGAGUGAGUUCUCCAAGAGCGUGGGUGUGGGCACCCAGGCCGCACCGCCCAUCGAGCUCAACAUCCUCAGUGACGUGGCGCACAACAACUUGGACCGGGCCACACCAGAGCAGCGCAAACCCACCGGCACUCCCGAGUUCGUCACCUUCAACUCGGCCAAUGGCCCAAAGCACCGGGGCACCAUUGUGUGCAGUGUGGCACCCAACUUGCCCCCUGCUGCUCCUCCCUCCAAUUCGGACAACGAGUCCUUCAUCAAGUGCACCUGGGCCAGGGAGGAGAUGGUCUACCCAGCAGAAACAACCUACUGGCCACCUCGGUACCUGUCAUCAGACGUCCAGGAAUAUUCCCACUAUGAGAUUAUUCAAGGCCCUCCUGCAUCCUCCUCCCAUCCUCCUCUCCCCCCGCCGCCGCCUCCACCCACGGACACGGAGCCGGUUGCUCUUUAUGGGGGUUUUCCCUUCCCACUUGACCAGAGCAACAAGCGGGCCCCCAUCCCACCCCGCUACAGCAACCAGAACCUGGAGGACUUCCUGCCGCUGGGCCCUGUGGAAAUGGGAGCCUCCCAGUGCCAGAAUGAAUACACCGCCAUCAGCUACUACCCAGCCCAGCUGGUGCAGGGGGAAGGGGUCCCCUACCAGGCCGACCCCGGGUACAAGCGGGUGAGCAUGCGCCUGAGCGUGGCCCAGCCGUCCUACGAGGACUGCGACGUGGGACGCAAGCCCAGCAUCCGCGCCCAGCCGCUCCCACCGCCCAACUACGAGGGCUCCGAUAUGGUGGAGAGUGACUAUGGGAGCUGCGAAGAGGUGAUGUUUUAA